AUGGCGCCCGACAGGGGCUCAGUCGACAAUCGCGACGACAUGGACGGCCACUCGGACGCUGCUUCGAUCCUCUCGUCGCGUGCCCAGCAGCCGCAGAACUUCACCAUCCGCUCCCUCCUUCUUGGACUGGCCAUCGGCACUGUCAUCUGCUUCUCAAACACCUACUUCGGCUUGCAGACAGGAUGGGUCUCGAGUAUGGCCAUGCCGAGCGCUUUGCUGGGCUUUGCCUGGUUCAAGGCUGUCUCGAGGACUCUGUCUUAUCCAUUUACACCUGUCGAGAACGUCCUGGUGCAGUCUGUUGCUGGAUCUGUGGGUACAAUGCCUCUGGGGUGUGGAUUUGUGGGCGUGAUUCCAGCUCUUGAGUACCUUCUCAAGCCAGAAGAAACUCAAGGAGAGGGCACUGGCGUCCAUCUUUCGCUCGGCAAACUUAUAAUCUGGGCUGUGGGCAUCUGCUUCUUUGGUGUCGUCUUUGCUGUGCCAUUGCGAAGGCAAGUCAUCAUUCGCGAAAAGCUCAAAUUCCCCUCUGGUACAGCGACUGCCCUGAUGAUCGGAGUACUACAUGGAGGAGAAAAAGAUGCCACCAUUAUUCAUAUGGACAACAACGACGAAUACCAGAACGGUAAUACACAAGUCGAACAAGUUGAAGAGGAGGAGCGAAGGCUUAUCGCAAGCGCUCCAACACAACGUCGGACGCAACAAGAGACCGCUCAAUCCGAGCCACAGGCUGAUGUUGAAGCCUUGGACAAAGACCAUCAGGCCGAUUGGAAGGCCAGGAUCAAACUUCUGACCCUAUCGUUUGGUGUUUCUGCUAUCUAUACCCUGAUGUCCUACUUUGUUCCGUUCAUCCGCGACAUUCCAUUCUUGGGCAUGUACCUGGCGAAAGACUGGCUAUGGACACUCAACCCUUCACCUGCCUACAUUGGCCAAGGUAUCAUCAUGGGCCCUGCAACCACUCUACACAUGCUGUUAGGUGCCAUUCUUGGUUGGGGCAUACUAUCUCCGCUUUCCAAAGCCCGGGGUUGGGCGCCAGGUGCUGUCGAUGACUGGGAGAAAGGCAGCAAAGGCUGGAUCGUCUGGGUCAGUCUUGCCAUCAUGCUUGCCGAUUCGAUCGUCAGUCUGGGAUGGUUGGUCCUGCGUCCCACAAUCAAUCUCAUUCGUAUCUUCGGGCCACGAGCUAAGGACAGCGUUGCUCGUGGCACCUGGAAAGAAGAUCUUCGCAAUUUCGCCCAUCCUCACAUGAGAGGAUACAGUCCAGUCAAUCUUAGUGAACCCGAUCAUGAAUCACCUGAAACUGAUGGUUUGAUCUCUGGGGCCACGCAAUCUAGGAAAACUGCACAGGAUGCACCGGAACCUGAUGCCCCACCUGAGCAUUUGAUCAGCAAUAAGGUCACCUUGAUUGGACUGGUGCUUUCCUUGAUUGCUUGCGUCGGUGCAGUUCACAUCGCUUUCGCAAACCUCAUCCCCUUUGCACUCACCCUUUUGUCGCUAGUGCUCGCUCUACUGUUGUCGAUCAUGGGUGUUCGUGCCCUGGGAGAGACAGAUCUGAACCCGGUGUCCGGUAUUUCAAAGUUGACACAGCUAUUCUUCGCUCUAGUCACACCAUCAGGCUCGCCCAAUGCGGUGAUUGUCAACCUUAUCGCCGGUGCCAUCAGCGAGUCAGGCGCCUUGCAGGCGGGAGAUCUUCUGCAAGACCUCAAAACCGGGCACUUGCUCGGCGCGAGUCCGAAGGCGCAAUUCUGGGGUCAAAUCAUUGGCAGCACUUUUGGAGCUGUGAUCAGUGCUUGUAUUUACAAGCUUUACACCCGAGUGUAUGAAGUUCCUGGAGGCAUGUUUCAGGUACCCACAGCUUAUGUUUGGGUGUUUACUGCCCGUCUUGUUACUGGGCAAGGUCUACCUCCCAUGGUAGGUGAGUGGGCAGCAGGAGCUGCCGCCGUCUUUGCCGUCUUCACAGCAAUGCGGAUCUACGGAAAUUCGAUAGGAGCAAAGUGGACUCCUUUCGUGCCCGGAGGUAUCGCUGUAGCAGUCGGCAUGUACAAUACCCCAUCGUUCACCAUGGCACGAACGAUCGGCGGAUUAGUAAACUGGUAUUGGCGCAAUUGGCGCAAGGAGUCGGAAACGCCUAUUAUCAUUCUGGCCAGUGGACUCAUUCUGGGUGAAGGAUUGUUUAGUAUAGUCAAUCUUGGCCUAGCAUCUCUACAGGUACCGCAUUUGUAG